ACGCCCACCCCCACCCCCCAACCCUCCUCCUCUCCGUAAUGAGAAAAGAAUUAGAAAAUAGUGUGCACAGUUGCGUUUCUGAUUAGCUGAGAUGUGCACACGCAACUCGAUGGAGAACUCCCCGAGAAAAAUACAAGUGUUGAACUCGUACGCACGGGAAUGGAUAAGGUCGCUGUGUCUAAUCUUUAAGAAAUAGAUCAAAGUCGGACGAGCUGGGAGUGACGGAAGAGCGGGAAAAGUUGGAUGUUUCAUAUUUUUUUCGAAAUAUGUAUUUGUCUAUUUGAACGAUUGAUUGAUGGAUCAAAGGACAGAGAGACGGUAUCCGCGUAACCAGGAGCGACUUCUGUGCAUGGCUCCUCGCUGUUUCUUCUUUGACGAUAUUGAACUGGUGCAUGGUUUUGAUGGGUUGGUGCCACCAAGGUUGCCACCUGCCUUCCCCCGCCCCCUUACAGCAUUUUAGACCCAGUCGUAGGCUGUAGGACUUUGUCGUCUAGUCGUAAUGAACGCAGUUCAAACUUGAUAUUGACAGUGGGACCUGUGGGAGUCGUACAUCAAAAGAAUAUGGUUAGGAAAAAUAUUUUUAUCAUGUACGUUCAUGUAUGUUCGUUCCCAGCGCCUUACUCUUUGGCCGAGUAUCGCAUCAACACCAUCAGUAGUCCCUCAGUUUGAAAACCCAUUCACUUUGUUUCGCUUUGUUUGUAGAAAAAAAAUGGCAAAAAAAAAAACUUGUCUAUUUUUUAAAAAUCGUCUUUUCAUGGGGUUUUCUAAUUCAUUUCUGUGCGUACACACAAAAGUCCUCCCUCAAGCAGGCAGCGGCGGAGUGAAAUCUUCUUAUUCCCCCCCCCCCCCCAACUUUAUCAAGUGACAAGUUAUCACGUCAAAGUUGCAUAUGCAUGGCACAUUGAAUGCUUGCUUCUAAUAAUCAAACCGCUAAACUUUGGGAAUAUAACUCUUCCAUUUCGUCGAUAGAAAAACGUGAAAAUUGCUCGCAGAUGUAAUUGUAACAUGUCGACCCAACCCAAUCCCCUAUCAAUAUAAUAGGACGCGUAUAGUAAACGAAAAUGUCGGAACAGACGCGGACAUUCGUGACCAAUUCGUGAUAUUAUCAGCAUUGAUCGAAUCCGCGAAUUCAAUCAAUGCUCUCUGUCCGUCGCUAAGCAAUUCCAAUUCCGAUCGAAUUAAUGCGCGGAAUCAAGCUCGGAUUUGUGGAGCAUCCAGCUGGAGAUAUGAUGCUGAUAGAUUUUUGGGUUAAAUUUCAGGACGAGAAACUUGCGAGCCCCUCAUUUGGCCAAUCAAAAUGAGCAGGUCACGAAUCAAAAUACUGAAAUUGAACGAACUGCGCUACAUUGAAAUUGGCGGGUCUUUUUUUUCAAUCAAACCUGCGAUCGUAUUUAAACUGUCAAGAAUAUCUGUUCAAAAUGUCGAUCAAAAGUUUCGUUUGUGUAAUUUCCAUUGACAGACGCCAGCGUGUUGGAUUAAAGGCGACCCCCCCCCCCCCUCCUGAGGACUUUGUACGGUGCAUUGAACGUAUAUUACGUUUAUACGGAGAAAUCGACGCACUUUGUCGUCGUGCACACAAAAUUGGUUUUCUCCUUUUUUUCUUUUUGCCUCAAAAGAUUCGCAUUGAUUUCGGCACUGCAAACAAGCCGAGACUCUUAGUAUACAGUACACCUAGCAACAGUCACUGUUCCUUCAGUUGAGGGUGUCACAGUAAAGAUUGAGGUAGAUUUCUGUUUUCAUAAUGUAGUUGCCAAGAAAAUAUCCAGCAUCUCCGAAUUCUAUCGAUGUGUAGGUUGUUGUGCUGCCUUAUGGUGGUGAGGUGACAUGCUCAUUGUAUAGAGUGAAUAGUGUAAUUAUCAUUAGUUAAUGACUUCGCACAUGAAUUGAAUGCAGUUGGAGACUCGGAGCGAAUGUAAUCAAGUCGGACAGUCAACGUGAGUGAACUAUCUUUUUUUGGGGUGAGUUAACUGUGUAUACGUAUUCGUGGCCAACACCUUGAUGUCUUAUUGUAAUUUCAUGAAUGUUAAUCUCGCCGAUUUGGUUUCGCCAAACUGGUACACACGGGGAUUCAAGUUGUUUUACAAUCCUCCUCCUCUUAAUAAUUUUGCGAAGCGCACGAGGCACAAUCUCCCGAGGGAUUAAGUUUCACCCGUUUAAGAAUUUUCAAAAGUUCGCAAACUUUUUUGAUGAACGCCGAAUAAUUCCCAGGAGAAGUGUAGCCAUUCUCUCCGUCAAAACGUGUUACUUGUAUAGGUUUAUUUUGAGUGUGCACAGCGCAAAGGAGGGAAACCCUUGCUCCCAAAGAAUAUAUUAUUACUACAUAUUAACCUUUUAUCUCCGAUCGACUACAGUAUAUAGUCCCACAUUACAAGCCCUGCCAACGCCAGCAGUACCGCACCGACGUCACAGCUGAUUGGAUGCGUGAACACAAUUAUUGUGAGAACUGAAAAGUCACUCACUCCAACACGGUGAUAGACGGGGUAAAGCAUUUAUUGUAGAAACAUACAUGGCUUUACGGUCCUACAUGCGAAGCGCGAGACUUCUCUAGCAUGAGGCGGGCAAAUACAAAAAUAUAACUACAACGGAAAAAGAAGAAGUAGGCCCUAAUAACCCGACAGAUUGUGACAAGUGAGCCAGUAGCGAAAGACCGGACUGCACAGUGACAUCCUGCGACGGGUGAGCCAGAAAGACUGAGCUGAUGAUUGACAUUUUGCGACGGGUUUUAUACCGAAAAGCUAGGUCAAAUGAGGUCGGGAGAGAGUCGAAGCAAUAAAAGAGAAAAUGACUUGAAUCGAGGUCAGCGAGAGAGCAAUAAACAAACGAGGAGAAUGAACUAUUUUGCCGAGAACUAGAGCGCUGACAGCCAAUCCUUACAUUAUUCUCAUAUGAAUCUCAAUCUUGAUUCCGCUUUUUAAAUAGUUCCUUCUCGGCCCAUCCACAGUGCAGCCAGCUGCCAAAAGUUGCCAAAUUUCGGCUUUCAGCCGAUGGAUGAAUACGCUGACAGCAGUUGCGCACCUCCACGAAUUGGCGGCAAAUUCAAACGUCUAAAAAAAAAUAAUAAAAACUUGAGUGAGCAAGAUCUUUCCGACCAAUACAAAUAAACGCGAAUGUUUGAACCAGCAGAGCAAUAACAUCUCCGUCGUCAGGAGAGAGUGAGGAAAAAAAAACAGCAACAACGAGGUUUCUUCGGCAGGUUUCGCCAACUCGACUUUCAGUGUCUGGUGAGCCCUUGAAUCGGCGACAUGCUCUUCCGGAUCAAUCCUGUCAUCCGCACUCACUAUACACGGUCCUCGUUUAAUUCUAGCCUAUCGUUUCUAUAAGUAUAGUCUAAUUGUUUAAAGUCGCACCUUAUUCCGACAUUCGCUUGAGAAGUGUUUCAUAUGGACAGAAAAGAUGAACGAAUCAGCUGCCCUUAACGCAUCCGAUGAUUCCGCCGAAGAAGAAAGGGUCAAUGUCGAAAAAUACCUGGUGCCUGUUGUCUUCGGCCUCAUCUUCGUGGUGGGUGCGGUCGGCAACGGCAGCCUCAUGUUAAUCAUCUGCCGCUACAAAUCCAUGCGCAACCUGCCCAACCUAUUCGUGUUCAAUCUGGCCCUAGGCGACCUGUUUAUUCUCCUCUUCGCCGUCCCGUUCACCUCCUCCAUUUUCACGUUCAAUUUAUGGCCCUUUGGCGAAUUUGUCUGCAAAGCUUCCGAGUUUGCCAAGGAUACUUCGGUGAGUGUUUCCGUCUUCACGCUAACGGCGCUCAGUUUCGACCGGUACAAUGCGAUCGUCAAUCCUGUCCAGUCGUACGUGGCUGGCCCGAAAUCGAAACGUCGCAUCAUCUUCACUCUUGCCGUCAUUUGGUUGGUAUCGCUCGGCUUGGCCUCUCCGGCCGCCGUCUUUUCUCGUUUGGUUGAGGUUAAACUGCUGCCAACUUGGAAUUCAUCGACUGUGGUGGUCUAUGACGUCAACAACGACGAUCAGUUAUUGAAUCAAACCCAAAACGAUAACGAGACUUCGUCUGCCCAGCUCCUGGUUCGCUUUUGCUAUCCGUUUCCAGGCAAAUUCGGCGAUGACAUUCACUCCAAAUCGGUCAUCGUCGGCCGUGUUUUGAUUCAGUAUCUCAUUCCGCUGUCCAUCAUCGGCACAUUUUACACGAUCACGGCUCGUCAUCUUCUUCGCAGUACCGGGAACAUUGAUGGUCAAGCCGCAGUGACUGCGGCCUCAUCUAAACCGCCCAAUCGUCAACAUCCGCCAUCAGCAACUUCCCCAACCAACAAUAGUUCCAAUAGUAACCAGGAAUCCCGUCGCAAAGUAGCCCGGAUGGUGAAGAGUUUGGUAGCCCUGUUUUUUAUUUGCUUCCUGCCGAUCCACAUCUACUUUUUGUGGUUCUACUUCAAUCCCGAUUCGCAAGAAGAUUACAACGACUUCUGGAACGCGUUGAAGAUCGUCGGCUUCGUCUUGGCCUACACCAAUUCGUGCAUCAAUCCCGUAGCGCUCUACUUCAUCAGCACCAAAUUCCGCAAACAUUUCGAUCGAGUACUUUUCUGCUGCUGUCGCCUGGACGAAGGUAGAAGCAUCAACGUCCGCUCUAAGGACAAAUCGGCGAGGCCUCGCUGCCGCCGGGAAGACCGUCGGCGUGACGGAGGCGAUCCGUUGAAGGAAUUUCAGCUGCGAGGAUCGAAUCCACUCACGUCACUGGAGCAGACGCCGUCCGACAAGCGAACAACUUCAAGUCAAAAUGGAUCUGAUGUGCCGCUAACUGCCGUUAGUUCCGUGCACGAUGAAACCUCCGGCAAUAAUAAGCCUUGGCGGGUGACUUCAUCAGCAUCCGUAACCAACAUCAAAGAUAAUCUUGAGGCUCUAACGUCAAUCGAUCCAGCGAUGUCGAUAGUAUAGGCUCCAACGGGUAUAAAACAAAUCAUUUGGCCGACCAAUAAUGGAAGAGCUAUUAGCCGGUUUCUAGCGGGCCAGAUUGAUACAAGUUCAUAAGAUAAUUUAGGUGGUUAAACGGCGAUGAUUUUUUUUUUUUUAAUCCAAUCUCAAUCUAAUCAAACUGUAGUAAACAGCUUUUAGUCUAACUAAAUAUCCUAGUCGAUCCGCCAUUUGAUCUAUAUCUGUCCCAUUAUUCAACCCCCAAACACGUAAGUUGAAUCCAAAAUUUCCAGCUUGGACGAUAUAAUAUGUGUAUGCUUCAGUGGCGUCUGUGUCUACUUACCGAGCUAAUAAACUUCCCGCGUUAGUUGUUAUCACAAGAUUUAACUUAAUGUUCCCUCAAGAUAAAGUAAGAAACGAUUUUUCUUCUGUGAUGAAGCAGCACUGGGGAGGUGUAGGAGACGCUGAAACAAUGAAGAGGACUAAAAUACCUGACUUUGCUGUGAUAUACGCUGAUAAGAGUGAUGAUAUUGAAUGAUUAUUUGAAUACGGAUAUGCUUUGACAAUUGUA